GCGGCGGCAAGGCGUGGAGCAAAGCCAACGGCGACGAGAAAUCCACGGCGGUUAGAUCAACCCAUCCGGCGCGCACGACCGCGCCCGCCUCCUUCCGCCACGACCAAAACUGAGGGCGUUUUGCGUGUCCUCCUCCUCCAGACUCCCCUCCCGAGCUCACCCCUCAAAACCCUAGCUCCCUCCCCUCCCCAGCACCCCUCGAUCUAAUGCAGUGACCUCCCGGAUUCCCGAUUCCUCCCCGCCUCGCCAUGGAAGACCCCGUGGCCGCAGCCUCCUCCGCCCCUGGCCCUGCCGCCGCGUCCACAGCAGCUAGGGUUCCGGCGGCCGCGGCCCCUGCCGCCGCCGCGCCGCCGCCCGCUCUCGCUCCGCAGCAGCCGCCUGCCACCGCGACGGAGACCGCGACUGCGACUGCGGCGGUCCCCGAGGCAGCGGCGGCGUGCCGAAGGCAGGUAUUCUCUGUGGAGCUGCGGCUCGGGGAGACUACCAUCGUGUCGUGGAAGAAGCUCCUGAGGGAGGCCGGGCACGCGGCGGCGGCGGCGGCGGCGGUGGCGGUGACGGCCGAGCCGGCGUUGGUUGCGCAUGCGGGCUCAUCUGGUGCGGCACAUCCUGCAGAAAAUGACCCAAAGGAUCCAGCGCAGCCAAAUCGGUUCAAUGCAGUUAUUGAAAAAAUUGAGCGCCUUUACAUGGGCAAACAUAGUAGCGAUGAAGAAGAUCUUGACGAUGUACCGGAUGAUGAUCAAUAUGACACUGAGGAUUCGUUCAUUGAUGAUGCCGAAUUGGAUGAGUAUUUUGAAGUCGAUAAUUUGACAACUAAGCAUGAUGGGUAUUUUGUGAACAAAGGGAAGUUGGAACAGAUUGAACCUGGCACAUCAACAAAUGUCGCUCCAAAGAAAAGGAGAAGGAAAGACUCAUCAAGUACUUAUCUUGAGAAUAAUCAGCUUGCUCCAGGUGAUUAUUCCAAUAUAGGCGACAUGCCUGGAAAAUCAUCUGGAAGAGGUGCUGUGCCGUCGGGGAAGCAAUUAGCUAGUAGCAGUGUAGGUUCUUAUGGUCAAUACCAUGAAGACAACAGAGUGGUGAAGAACAAAACCGGUGCCCCUGGAGGAGCCCCUAUAAGGAAAUCUUCUGAUUUUGCUGUGGUUGCUGAUGCUGCUGCGCGUACUAAGAUGUCUAGUAAGGAUGUCCCACAUGCUCCUUUGGAGCUAAGAGACUUGGAAAAGCAUAAAGCUGCAGCACUCCAACCUAUUGACUAUGCACAUAAGUCAAAAACCAGUGAGACAUAUGAUUACACUUAUUCGGCUUACGGGGAUAAAGGCACUUCAAUGCAACUUGAUUUCCAACAAAGGAAGGCAAGUGGGGAAAAUCAGGAUCCAUCAAAUAGAAUGUAUCGCAAAGAGAAACAUGGAAUAAGUGAAUAUCCUGGAAUGGCUAUGGCUAAUGCUGUCUAUUCUACACAAACAGCGCACCCAAUAAUCAGUAGGGAGGGUUCAGGUACUAAACCUAAAGGCACCAGGCUUGAGCGAGCUAUUCGGGAUCUCCAGAAGAUUGUUGCUGAAUACAGACCUCCAACUAUUGAUAUUAAUGAGGUAGAUCCAAAUGGCCAAGCAGCAGUGAAAAGGCGGUUGCCUCAAGAAGUAAAACAAAAGCUUGCCAAGGUUGCAAGGUUAUCGGCAAAUCAGGGAAAGAUCCAAGAACAUGAGUUGAUGAAUCGCCUCAUGGGCAUAGUUGGACACCUUGUGCAGCGCAGGACACUGAAGAGAAACAUGAAAGAAAUGGUAGAAUCAGGUCUGUCCGCUAAAUUAGAGAAGGCUGAUAGGUUUCAACGUGUAAAAAUGGAGAUCAAUGAAAUGAUCAAAGCACGAGUGGCUGCCAAGUCCAAGGUCAACGAACAACAGGAUGGUUCAGCUGAUGAUUUUCAGGUUGCCAAUGAUGAAAGAAGAGCUUUAAAAGGAAAGUCUGUAAUGGAUACUGUAUUGGAGGACAGGAUAUGUGAUCUGUACGAUCUGUAUGUUGAGGGUAUGGAUGAAGACAAGGGCCCUCAAAGCAGGAAGUUAUAUGUAGAGCUUGCAGAGUUAUGGCCUCAUGGCUACAUGGAUAAUGUUGGGAUCAAAGAUGCCAUUUAUAGAUCAAAGGAGCGAAAAAGAUUAUUGUACAGCCAGCAGAAGGUUCGCAGUGAAGAGAGAAUGAAGAGGAAGAGGCUGGCUGCAGCAGCUAAACUGCAAGAUGGCUACCCUGUUGUAAUGCAGGGUGCAUCUGUCCCACAAGUCGCACAACCAUCCAUAACAAACCCCAUCACAUACCCUGCACCUGCUUAUGGACAGAACCAGGGAUCAAAAAGUUUUGAAAGGGUUUGCGAAAUAAGCUCCAGCGCAAUUCCUGAUGACAGCAACAGAAAUGCUGGCGAGAUGAAGAAGAAGAAAAGAAAACCAGAAUCUGAUCUUGUAGAUACACAAGCUAACCCACUGAAGGCUCCCUUUCUGCAUGGGAGUGAGAAGCAAAAGCCUUUCAAGCCUUCCGAUGAGGGAAAUGCUGGUAGCCUGCCCACCACGGCAACAACUGCAACCGUGCUUGGCCUCCCAACCGUGCUUGGUCGUGACCAACAACCUAGCUGAUUAUUUCGGCGUAAUAUUAGUUAUUUAAUUCUCCUUAUAGGCCCUUUUCAGCUGCUGUCACAAAAGAUGGUCUUUCCAUGUGUUGAGCACCUUCCCAGAACUAACAUGUAUCCGAGUGGACAGGAUAUGAUUGACCAUUUGUAAUUUUUCAGCAUUAUAUAGUUCCUUUCUCCUGAUUGACCGUGUAGUGCUGCUAGAUGUAAUCAGAUGCAGGUUGUCACCUCAAAUAUUGGUUGUAACUAGUAAAGGUCGUUGCUGUUGCUGGUCGUUGAGACAUGUACUGUUCAUACAUAGUAUGCGAUCGAAAUGCCCAUUCAGCGAUCUGCUUUUCAUUUU